CCAGUAUUCAACCAAGAUAUACUUUUCUUAGGUAAUUAGUAAAAAUAUAGUAGGUACCGUAGUUAAUAAUAUCGUCUACAUGUCUAUAAAGUUCAAAGGUACAAAUAAUUAAAUUUACUACCAAUCAGAUACAAAUAAAUUCGUUAUUAGCAAAUCACAUGACAGUAAGUAUUACUUAUUAAAUAAUGUUAUAAAAUCGUUAUCUAUUUUAUUGUUAGGUCUAUUUUAUCUCGCUUAAUUGAGAAGUCUUCAGCUUAUUAUCACAUCCGUGUCGAGUUCACUUCGCGAUGAACGUGUUAAGGCGGUUUCAAAGUGCAACUUCUCAACUAAAACAAAUUAUCAAACCGUACAAUAUUAAUGAUGUAUCUAAAAGAAGUACACACGAUGCAAUUAACUUAGACAUAGAUGGUGAACAUUUAAAAUUCCCACACGUUUGGCUUAGAGAUAAUUGCCAGUGUGAACAGUGUUUUCAUACUUCAGCAAGAAGCAGAAUAAUCGAUUACAGUAAUUUUAACAUUGACUCCAAACCAAAAGAAGUUGUUAAGGGUGCAAAUUCCGUGAAAAUCACAUGGGACGACGGACACACUUCAAAUUUUAAACUUGACUGGUUGAAACUUCGAAGUUUUACACCUGAAAGUCAAAAUAAAUACACCGAUAUUAUUUAUAGGCCGAAAAGGACGACAUGGCAUGGUAAGGAAUUUUUAAAAAUUUGCGGCAAACAUGAUUAUAAUGAAAUCGUGAAAUGUGACGAAGCCUUAUAUAAGUGGUUAUACGAUGUGUCUGUUUAUGGAGUUGCAUUUAUUCAAAAUACACCAAAUAGGGAAAAUGCAAUACAUAAUAUCAUUGCAAGAGUGGGUUUCCCUAAACAAACACACUAUGGAGUCCAAUUUAUAGUGCAGAAUGUUGCUAAUACGAGUAAUGUGGCGUACUUGUCUGGCAAUUUACAAAUGCACACGGAUUUGCCGUAUUACGAAUAUUGUCCCGGUGUAAACAUGCUUCAUUACCUCGUACAGACCAAGAGCGAGGGCGGAGAAAACCUGUUAUCAGACUGUCAUUACACAGCACAAUAUAUGAAAGAACAUUAUCCAGAGGAAUAUAAACUUUUAACUAAUACAGAAGUAGAAUGGAGUGACAUAGGUGAGGAAGAUGGCAAUGAGUUCUUCAAGCUAUACAGAUCCCCAGUAAUAUGUUUGGACACUAGUAAUGAAGUAAUAAGGAUAAAUUUCUCAAUUCCUCAAAGGGGUAAUCACUUUCCAGGCCCUUUGGAUACUGUAGUGCCGUGGUACAAGGCUCAUAAACUUUUCCAUGAUUUAAAUCAAAAGUUUGCUGCGAAAUUUAAAACCAACGAGGGAGAUAUACUGGUAUUUGAUAACAUAAGAUUGUUACAUGGAAGAAAUAAAUAUGAAGAUAAACCAAAUAACACAAGAAAGCUUAUUGGUGCUUAUGUUGAUUGGGACGAAAUGUACUCGAGAUUAAGGUGUUUAAAAGUCAAACUGUCCCCUAAUAGUGGCAUUUUGUAGCCUAAAUGAAUUGUAUUAUAUGUUAUUAUUAUUUUUAUAAAUAAAAAUAUCAUUCUUAA